AUGAGUGACAACACAACGAACGUGCAUGAAACUAGAGCCAAGUUUGCUGAGACAUUGCAACCUAGGAUCGGUGGUAAUACUACUAAAGUGAUACGAGCCGCUCUAGACAAGAACGAUGCUGAAAGCGGCGUGUCCAACGAUAAUGACGACGGGUCACUAGAGAAGGUUAAUGUGGCCACCUCGCCGCUCCUGACAUCGACGCCGCCCACAAUAUCUAAGGCGCUUGUUAGGUUGUACCCUUAUUUGAUUAUCAUUGAUGACAUACUAGACGUUAUCACUUGGACAGGGACGAAUAUUUGGAGCAGCAUUUUGAUGCUGUGUCUCUUCGCUGGUAUGGUACUUUAUUUCGAGACGUUAGUGAAGUAUUUCGGGCAUCUUGCCAUUAUUGCUAUCCUUUGGGGGUAUUCGUUAUUAGACAACCAUAUCGAAGGUACGUUGAGUUCCUCGCCAACUUUAGAAGAUAUUGCGAGUUUGAUGAAUCGGGUGUCCUUGAAGUCAGAUAUACUAUUGUCUCCCAUGGUAAACCUUGGAACGCAAGAUAUCCAAAGGCUGCUAUACACUACAGUUAUCUUGUCUCCGAUUUAUGUUAUGAUAACUUGGCUGCUCUUGCCACCAAGGAGCCUCAUGCUGAUAAUGGGCCUAUUUCUCUUGUCAUACCAUUCUCCCUGGUCCAAAGUGGCAAGAAGGCUGUUAUGGAAGUUUAAAGUCAUUCGGUUGCUAGUCUUCUAUGUUACUGGCUUGGAUCUCGGUGGAAUAAAUAAGGAUCAAGGCAUUUUUGCUACAGUCCAAAAACAGGUGAAGAAGUUGGCCUCGACGGAAAAUGCAAACGGGGUGUUAUCCAAUUCUAAACCCAUUCGUUUUACUUAUGUGUUGUAUGAGAAUCAACGUCGUUGGUUAGGAAUCGGAUGGAAGCCUAGUAUGCUGAGUUAUGAAAGAACUCCAUGGACCGAUGAAUUCUUGAACGAGGCACCCUCGCCUGAAAACUUUCAUUUGCCUGAAGAAACCAGUUCCAUGGUCUGGAGAUGGGUUGACAAGACAUGGAGGUUAGACAUGACCAAUGAUGGGGCCAUUCAAGUACCAAAUUCUAAGGCAAGAACCGCCGCCGAACCCUCCCCUGAUGAAGGGUUUAUAUAUUACGAUAAUACGUGGAAGAAACCCAGUAAAGAAGACUCGUUUUCUAAAUACACCAGAAGGAGAAGAUGGGUGAGAACUGCAGAACUAAUCAAAGCUUCCGAUUUUGAUGAAAAAGUGAAAAACUCAAACAGAAAUUCUGUCAUUGAACAGAAAUCUGAAGAUAGCGGGGACAGUUUAACCGCUGAGCAAGAGCUUGAAAACAGCAAGAAAGAAAAAGAACAUACAAGAAAAGUAGGGGAGCCUACAACAGAGGAAACCAAAGAGUUUGCAGAAGCCACGAGUGUUAGUGAACGUGAAUUUGAAAAAAUAUCCUCAAAGGAAGAGGAAAAAUUAAAAAUGAGAGCAAGGGAUCGGUUGGCAAAGGUGCUAGAUGACAACGAGGAGAAAGAGCAGCCAAGUGGCCGCGACAGCAAGAAGGUCGUGUGA